GCCCUUUAAACUUUACGGAAGAAAUUACACUCGUUCCGUCUGCAUCUUUUCAACUUCUUCCAGAGUUAUUCUCCCUUCUGAAUCAUCAUGGCUGAUGUUAAAGUUGCUGCCUUGGUUGCCUCUGUCAAAAACGCCCCAGGAUUACAUUACAAGAAUCCGAGAUUUCCCUUGAAUGUCAAGCUCCCUGACAACUUAGAAUGCGGCUCCAAAAUUUACAUUCAUGGUUGUGCGGCUGCUGAACCAAACAGGUUCGCCAUCAAUUUGAAAAAUGCCGAAACCGACGCCAACAACUACUUCCAUUUCAAUCCCCGCUUCGACGAGGGAUGCGUUGUCCGUAAUAGUCGCCUGGACGAGGCCUGGGGAGAUGAAGAGAGGGAAGGAGACAUGCCCUUCGCUCCAGGACAACCUUUCUUGAUCACCAUCAUUCCUACUGUAGACUGCUACGAAGUUGAAGUAAACGGAUCGCCGUUCAUCAAAUACGGCCAUAGAGAAGGAAUGCCUUUGUGCGAUGUGACGCAUAUUGCCAUGUGGGGAGAUGUCACUAUCUAUGGCAUCCAUGUGCCUCUCAGAUCUCUGCCUAUUCCACUGGCUCUUCGCAUUCCUAAACACACAUUUUACGGUGAUAUGCUGAUCCUUACUGGCACAGUCGCUGGAGGGGCUGACAGGUUCCAUGUCAACUUCCAGUGUGGUGCUGGAGAAGAUGCUGAUAUCAUGUACCACUUCAACCCCCGAUUCCCUGAAAACCAACUUGUUUGCAACAAUCGCUGUGCCGACUCUUGGGGAGAAGAACAAACGAUCGACGGCUUGCCCGUUGCUCCUGGUGACCGUGUCGUCGUCUGCAUCGUUGCUGCUAAAGAAGGUUUUAUUCCUUUCCUCAACGGAAAUCCUUUGCCGACUUUCCCACACCGACUGGAUGUCUGCGGUGCAUGUUCCAUAGUCGUCGAUGGCGACAUCAGUCUUGAAUCUGUGACUGUAGAUUGCCCACCCGUCCGCCUGCCUGCACAGAUUCCUGACAUCGAUAUCGACGCUUUCGAUGAUAAAACCGUCCAGGCUCUGCGAGCUACCACUCCUGUUACUAUGACCCUCCCUGCAGGUUUCGGGCCAGGAAAGGGAGUGCAUGUUUCUGGUAAAGUUCACGAUUCUCCCUCCAGAUUCGAAAUCAAUCUCCAAUGCGGCGAAUCUGAUUCCGACAUUGCCAUUCACUUCAAUCCCCGCUUCGAGCCUGUCCACGAACUGGUUAUGAAUUCCCGAAAUGGCGGCAACUGGGAGGAGGAACUCCGGGAAGAAAAUCCAAUUGCUCCAGGAUCUGAAGUCGACAUUUACAUCCUGUGUUUGGAAGAUAGCUACGUCUGCGUGGUGGACGGAGAUGUUGUUGCCAAUUUCCCGCACCGCUUCGACUCGGGUCGAGUGACCCACGUCAAUGUCGAUGGAUCCAUCACUGUCUACCGUAUGUUGGGAAUGUAAAGGCUUGGGGAUUCAAUUCGUUUUUGUUUCAAUUAACUUUAAUGGUGAAUCCGAAGUAUGUUGUCCAAUGCAAUCGGAUUCAUUUCUGAAUUAAAAAAAAAAUGUAAACGCCACAUGGGUAGAACUAGGUUCAGUGGUACAGGCUUUUUGACUAAAUUUUUAUGUCUACAAUUAUAUUUGCUUUGUUUUAUGUAGCGUGUUGUUUUAUUAGUCUGAUGUAUUUUUUUAUUAUUUUCCUUCGUGUUUUUAUUGAUUUCCUGUUAUUAAUUUUUUAUGGAAUACAAUAUUUAUUGAUCCUAUUUUUGUCACAUAAAAAUGUUAGUUCACUCAUUCAUAGAGAAGUUACAUUUCCUUAUUCUUUAGAUUUCAGUCGUAAAAUAUUUUGUGUAGUUUUAGUCUUUGGAAGAAAUAAAUCCUUGUUGUUAAAUUUGAGAAAAAUAUUAUCUUAAAAGAAAAUUCGUACCUGUAUAGAUGCAUUCAAUUAUUUUUGUACUGAGAAUUAAUUAGACAACUAUACUGAACGAUCAGUGUUUGUGGUGCUUGAAGUUUAAGCUACAUGUAAUAAAUGUUUUUUAUUACUGGGUGCAGUAUUUUUCUAUUUAUGUUAUUAAACAAGUUGUCUGUUGCUCAUUUGUUUUCAUAACAAAAUGGACGUGGUUUUCUGACUGCAUGCUAAUUUGAUUAUUUUGUUAUCUAAUGUGCAAUGCAAUAAUGAAAAAUUAAAGAUCUUUUGAAAAUCCA